AUGGUUGUCCAUGUCUACGAUUCUCCUGCCGGCAUCCCGCUCAACUCGGACUUCAUCGUGGAAGUCAAGGCAGAGAACGGCCAGCGAUGGUUGCCAGUUCCUGUCUAUGCCGUGGAAGUGGCCAAUGCCAAUGUCACCUCCAACAAUUUCAAUCAACACACUGUCGCGCUCGCUUCGUUUGACUUCGACGGCCUCGUUCAAGUGCGAGUUACCUACACUGCAGGGCCAGUAACAUCUGCAGUCAUCCGGCCCCGAUCUGCGAGCAUUGAAGUUGAUCUAGACGACACCGUCAUGACAUUUUCUCUCUCCACAGCCAGAGAUGUAAUGCUCGAGCUGAACGGCGACAAGUGGACAGCUCUCCACCUCCUCAGCAACAAGAUAGACUCGACUGCGCCGACGCAAGACACCGACGAUAUCUGGUACUUCGGACCGGGCAUCAACCAAGGUUCCGCCUACCAGCACGUCACCGACGGCGUCAAUCUGACCGUACCGUCUGGCAAGACCGUCUACGUCUCCGGAGGCGCCUUCAUCACCUGCCGACUCAAUUUCAUCAACGUAUCUAACAGUGCCGUUCGAGGACACGGGUUCAUCCUCGGGCCCGAAGGAGGCUAUGUCCACCGCGAACACGGCGGAGCGAUCCACAUGAGCGGAGCCAGCAACGUCAAAGUAGAAGGUAUCACCUCGCUAGGAGCAAAGGGAUUCAGUCUGUCGGCGGGCGAAUGCCACAACAUCCACGUCGACCGAUACCGAUCGUUCUCGUCCGCAGGUAACGGCGACGGGAUCGACUUCUUCUGCUCGUCCGGCAUCGUCAUCGAGAACUGCUUUCUGCGCAACUCGGACGAUACCAUUGCUCUUUAUUCACAUCGAUGGAACUGGUAUGGCGACACGAAGGACAUCCUCAUCCAGAACUGCGUGUUACUGCCUGAUCUUGCGCACGCGAUUAACAUGGGCACGCACGGGAACCCAUCCAGACCGGAAACAACCAGCAACGUGACGAUCCGGAAUGUGGAUAUCUUGGAUCACGAGGAGAACCAGCUGUGGUAUCAGGGAUGUAUCGCCAUCAACGCUGCAGAUAGGAACUACUUCCACGAUAUCCUGAUCGAGGACGUGCGAGUCGAGCGGAUUACUCGCGGCCAACUGAUCAACUUGCGCGUCAUGCAGAAUGCCAUGUGGACGACCGCUCCGGGGCGAGGCAUUCGAGAUGUCAGGAUCAGAAACUUGUCGUUGGAUCUGCGGGACUCGAAAACAGUCAAUCCGGCGAUGAUUUUGGGGUAUAAUGAGGGACACCCAGUGGAGAAUGUGACAUUUGAGAAUCUCCGGAUCGAUGGGAAAGUGAUCCAUGAUGAGAUGGAAAAGCCUAGAUGGUAUAUGACGGCCGACUUAGUUCCUUUGUUUGCGAACGAGCAUGUCAAGGGUGUUAGGUUUAUUCUGUAG